CCAAUUUCAUAUAACUUUAUGAGAGAGUUUCUAUACACUAAUGUAACUGUAUACACGGUGUAUAGGAUGAAACGAAUAUGAAAACGAAUGAAAGUUGAAGAAUAAAGAAGUAAAAGAUGACUUAGAGAAACGGAGCAACCGGAGGUGACCUAAUCCAGGUAUUCCAGAAAAUAAAUUCAGUUACUCCGUGAAUAUGAUGCUGACGGGUCGGUGUGGGGGUGCUUCACGUUUAUUUUUUUUUUGCGAAAGUUCCAUACCCUUAAAUGUAUCAAUAUUUAACAAAUAAAAAGAAAAAAUCAAAUAAAGAAGAAAUAUUUUAACAUACAACACGCAAAAAUUUCGCACAGUCAGUGAUGUGCUCUGACCAUAACAAAAAUUUUAUAACUAAUUCAUUCGUCAAGUGAACAUAAACGUUAAAAAAUCGUAUUAUUCAUAAUAGUGACAAAAAAUUUAUAAAAAAAAAAAAAUAUUUGCGCAUUUUCUUCUUUCAUAUAAAUUUAAAAAUAAUAAUAAAUUGUUAUUAUAUUAAAUUAUUGAUGUAAUAUUAUACGCAAAAGUUAAAUAAUAUUAAAUAGCGGUGCACAAUGAUAAGGUUUCCUCUCUACCAUAAUAUUUUCUAAAGAAGAAGUGAAUGAAAGUGAAAAUAUACCUAGGUAUAAAAAGCAAUCUGUGUUUCUAAUAAAAAUAAAUAAAUAUAAAUAAAAUAUAGAAAAUCAUAAAAAAAUCUAAUCUAAAAUUUCCAAAGUGUGUAUAAAUUUUGUUGGAUUUAAUUUGAAUUUUAUUAUAAAUUAUUUUUUGUUUCCUUCGAUUCGACUUCAUCGUUGUAGUAGUCGUUUAGUCGUCGUCGUUUGUGAAAAUUCAGUAUAUCUUCCAAGAAGUAUAUUUUCUUCUCAAUGAGGAUUAUUUUAGCUCCAAAAAGGAUUACGCUCAAUUUUAUAUAGAAGAAGAAAAAUAAAAAGGAAAAAUCCCCAAAAAAUAAAAUAAUAUAAAGAAAAAGGAAAAAUAUCAGUUUUUGGUGGUGGAGAAAACGAGGGCGAGAAAGGAAUAAAAAUAAAAAUAAUAAUAAUAAUAUUCAAGGACUGAAAGCACAAUAUGUUCUAGAUCUAGAAGACCGCCGCGACGCACGACAAGAAAAGAAAGAAAACAGAUUCCUUACAAAAGAAAAGUAAAAAGAGCAAGAAAUCCCAUCGACAAUGAAAUUUUGCUGACAGUUUUUUUUGCAAAAGAAGCUUUAGUCUCCGCAAAAAGAAAGAAAUUAUAUCAAACAUAUAUAUGUAUACAUAGAUAUAUAUAUAAAAUAAUCCUGCAAUCUAAGUAUUAAGCCUUUGAGCAAAACAAAAUAAAAGUAAUAAAAUAAAUUAUUAUUUGGCUCCUUUUGCCUGUACUCGUAUAGUCUCGUAGAUUGUUAAAUUUUCAAAAAAAGAAUUAAAGAAAAAUUGUUAAUCAACGGAUAAAAGGAAAUACAUAAAACUAUUUUCAGCUGUGAUAUAAAUAUAUGCAAUAUGAAAAAUUAAAAAACAUAAACAACUAUUCAAAUUUUCGAAGAAAAAAACACAAGAAACAAAACCACGAAAUAUUAAGAACAAAAGAAAGAAUAAGAAAAGAAAGAGCUUUAUUGAAAUUUUGGUCUCGAAAAAUUGAAACAAAUAAUUAAAAGGAAAAACAACACGAGAAUUCAACACAACAAACAAAAGGAACAACAUUAACAACAACAAAAAAAAAUAUAUACAUAUAUUAAAAUUUGUAUAUCCUUAAAACUGAAAAAAAAAACUGCAAUAAUAAAAUAAAUAUACAUAAAAAAAGAAACAACAUACCUUAAAAUUAUUAUUAUUAUUAUUAAUAAUAUUAAUAAAUAAUAAUACAUACAUAUAUACCUAAAUCAAAAUGGUUUUCUAUAUAAGACAUAACUUCUACUGCUCAUCUCUAUCAUCGUUAAUCACACGUUUUGUAUCCUGUUUAGCUGUGAGUUUGCUUUAUAAUAACGUUAUGUGCCCAGUUGUUGUUGUUGGUGCAGUCAACUGGGAUCAUGGUGUAGAUUUGAAUGAGGAUUUUCGAGUUUUAUGGACAAUCAAUAAUCAGGAUAUAACAUUCGAGGUUCAAGCCCGUACAUUGGGCUAUGUUGGAUUUGGAUUAUCUACUGAUGGUCAUCUGCCUGGAGCUGAUUUAGCUGUAGGAUGGGUAGAUAGGGGGCAGACAUAUUUUCAGGACCGACACAUUCCAAGGAAUGGUAAUGGAGAUGUGGAACCAGUUGUCGAUCCAUCACAAGAUUACAUUCUUAUAUUGGGCUAUGAAAACGCCACACAUACCGUAUUGAGAUUUCGCAGAAAAUUGGAUACAUGCGAUUCUACACAUGAUAUUCCUAUCACGGAUGACACAAUGCGAAUUGUGUAUAUGUAUAGUGAAAAUGAUCCUAGAUCAAGUUCGAUGGGACCUGGAUCAUUACCCGAUGUAGCUGAUGCUUAUCGAGCAUAUAGACCACUUUUGCUCACACAAAAGUCACAACCUAAAUCCCACAGAGACGAUAGAGUAAGAGUUUUGGAAUUACGUAAUGAAGACGUUGAACUUCCAAGUGGUGAUGAUACACUUUAUUGGUGUAAGAUGUUUAAAUUAGAAGAUAUUAAUAGGAAACAUCAUUUAAUUCGGUAUGAACCUAUCCUCGAUUCAUCAGCAAGUAUACAAUAUUUACAACAUGUAACAUUACACGAAUGUCAAGGAUCACAUUCAGAUCUUGAACUAAUGGCUCGUGAACAAGGACGACAAUGUUUAGGAGCUAGAGAUAUGCCCUUAGCUUGCAAUGCAAUUGUAGCUUCAUGGGCUAGAGGUUCAGAGGGUUUUUCUUUUCCUGAAGAAGCUGGUUAUCCUAUCGAUUCUCGACAAGCGAAAUAUUUCCUCAUGGAAACACACUAUAGCAAUUUGCAACCUGAUUUUUCACAGCUCCAAACAAAACAAAUGGCUGAUAAUUCAGGAUUAAAAAUUUACUUCACUAAUGUCCUUCGACCAAAUGAUGCUGGUGUUCUAUCAAUAGGAAUGGAUCCGAAUUGGCGUCAUAUAAUACCCCCUGGACAAAAGCAUGUAGUCUCUGAUGGACAAUGCAUUGAAAAUUGUACAAGUUAUGCAUUUCCACCGCAAGGUAUUAAUAUUUUUGCUGUUAUGAUGCGAACUCAUCAAAUAGGCAGACAAAUAAAACUUCGUCAGAUACGAAAAACUGAAGAACUUAAACCAAUUGUUCAGGAUAAUAAUAUUGAUCCUGAUUAUCAAGAUUUUCGAAGAUUAACAAAUUCAGUGCGUUCAUUGCCUGGAGAUAGACUGAUUGUAGAGUGUAUUUAUGAUAGUUCAACUAGGAAGGCCAUCACUUUGGGUGGCUUAACAAUGAAAGAAGAAAGCUGUACGGUUUUAACACUUUAUUAUCCUCGUCAAAAGAAACUUACAACAUGUCAUUCGCUGCCUAGUUUACCGACAGUAUUACAUUCCCUAGGAAUCGAGCAGUUAGCAACAGAUUCAAAUCCUGUACUAAUAUCAUCACCACCAGAAUUAGCUGGCAUGACGCUGGAAUCACGACUCGUAUCAUAUGACUGGGAAAAUCAAUUUGAAAAAUUCCAGCAAGCAACGAGACGUGGAUCGUUUAAGCCACUAUGCUGGGGAGCUAAAAAUCAUUUAAUACCGGGAUUGGAUUAUCUGGAGGGAUAUACCAUUAAUGUUACAAAAACAUGGAAUAAACCUCGUCGCUGUAAGCCCAAACGAUUAUUUGUAACAGAAACUAUUCCAGAAUUAGAACUACCUGUUCUACAUGAACUGGACAACAAUAAUAUUAUUGAAGGAGCUGCAAGAAGUAGUCGUAGUUCGGCUACAGAAACGAUAGGAUUAAGUAGAGCUCAUCAAGGAUUCAGUCGAACAUUUACGACAACUUUUUGGUAUACGAGUGUAGUAUUAAUAUUAAAACGACUAAGUAGAGAGUCGUUGACGUGAGACUGGUCUAGUUGUUAAAUUUAAAAAUUAUUAUAGUAUUAUUAAUUAUUAUUAUUUAAACUGUUUUUAUUUUUUAUUAUUUUAUAAUUUUUAAUGAUUAUGAUGAUGAUGAUAUAAAAUGACUUCUUGUAUAAUGCGAAAGAAAAAAAAAAGGCAUAAAUGUCUGUCUUCAAAAGAAACACACAAUAUUUAUUAAAAAGAAAAA